AUUGGGACCAUUGUGAGAUGAAGGGAUUAUGUUAGGGAGAAAGAGAGUGAAGAGAGCAUGAAGUAGUGACAAUUUAAUAAGGGUUGAAUUAAAGGGAUCUAACCUACAAUUGGGACAUUGCUCGAGGUCUACUAGGCAAAUUUGAAGAUUGUUUCAGUUUUUGUAUUAAAGGUAAAAUACAAAUUUAAAAUCUAGUUCAGCUACUAAUUCAAGGAUAUUCAUAUUCAUUUGGUUGAAACGGCUAUGUUUGUGGUCGUUUCAAGUUUCCACCGCGUCUUCACUUUCGACUAUUGUUCCGAUCCCGAUUUCGCAUCUCUUCCUUCUUUCAACAACCUCCGCAGCGUCAUUUCCCAACACUCGCUGCUUCGUGGCCUUAUGAAGGUACCGGUAACCCUGCCGCUGGGGCUCCUCCAGUGCCCGCCGUUGCAUCACCUGUUGAUCCCGCCACGGCGUCUAGACGCCGACAAAAAUGUCGCCACCGUUGAAAAUGGGACUGUACAGACUAACCGCAGUUCUUAUUCUUCCUUUUUGAAAUCCGAUGCAAGCAAAGCGAUUCAUGCCGUUUCUCUCAAAUUUGCGAUAUGGCUAGGGGACCUGUGAACCAUGCUAGUAUUUCUAAACUUGUUGAUCAGCUGCAACAGCUCAUCAAGUUAUGCCUAGAGCAGCAUAUGAGCCCGGAAGAAGUAAAUGACACUUUACUAAAACAAGCAAAAGUAAAACCUGAAAUCACUAAACUAGUUUGGCAAAAGGCUUGAAAAACAUAAUGUAGAGUUCUUCCAAGUUUAUUAUCAAAGAUUGAUGUUGAAGCAGAAAAUUAAAGUUGCAUUGCCACCUACCUCUAAUGGAUUAAAUUAUCAUGCAACUCCAUCAUUACCCAAUUCCGAUGGACCACAUAUCCCAACUAUUACUGAGAAUCCAUCGUGUUAUGAUGCUGAGAAAAUUCGUUUGAACCCAGAAAAUAUGCAACGUCGUGUGCAAUCCAGUUUAUCUAAGGUGUUCAAUAACGGUGGGUCAUCAUUCAGCCCAAGUAUGAAUGUGAUGGUUGAUAUGUCCGAUAUGUCGACCCAAGGACAUGUUAUGAGCAUGCCUUAUACUUGUAACUCAAACACGGCUCUGCAACAAGGAAUCCAUGGGGGGAUGAAUAGAUCAGAACCUAGAUGUUCAAGUUGUUCUCCUCACAUGUUUGGCGUUGAUGGAAAUGUGCUUGAGGCCAACCCAAUUGUCAGUGAUACUUCAGCUAUCCUAUUCACUAAUCCUGAAUCCAACUCUCUUUAUGUGAAUGACACAAUCCUGAAUCUUCCAAAAACUUCAAAUGGGUUUUUGGGACAAAUGUCCAAUGGAAAUGUCCUGGAGGCUAGCCCAACUGUUGGUGAUGCUUCAGCUAUGCUAUUCACUAAUCAUGAAUCCAACUCACUUUGUGUGAAUGACACAUUCCUGGAUCUUUCAAACACUUGUUCAAAUGGAUUUUUGGGACAAAUGUCUAAUGGAAAUGUCCUAGAGGCUAGCCCAACCGUCGGUGAUGCUUCAGCUAUGUUAUUCACUAAUCCUGAAUUCAACUCACUUUAUGUGAAUGACACAUUCUUUGAUCUUCCAAACACUUCUUCAAAUGGAUUUUUGGGACAAAUGUCUAACGGAAAUGUCCUAGAGGCUAACCCAACCAUCAGUGAUGCUUCAGCUAUGCUAUUAACUAAUCUCAAAUCCACCUCGCUUUAUGUGAAUGACACAUUCUUGGAUCUUCCAAACACUUCUUCAAAUGUAUUUUUAGGACAGAUGUCUAAUGGAAAUUUCUUGGAGGCUAACCCAACUGUCGUUGAUGCUUCAGCUACACCAUUCACUUAUGUUGAAUACAACUCACAUGAUGUGACUGAGGCAGUUCUGGAUUUUCCAAACACUUCUUCAAAUGGAUGUUUGGAACAGAUGUCUAGAAAGUUUAGUGUUCCCGAUGUGGCCGAUCUUUUUCCUAUGGGUUCUGAUGUACUGGAUAUAGCUUUCCUAGAUUUUGAUAAUGAUUACUUCGAUGAAAGAGGAGAACAAGGUUGAACAAAGUGCUUAGCAAGGUGUUGUACAUACAACCAUAACGCAUAGAUGAACAUAGUGAUGGGAAAUGCAAUUUGGAACGUUUCCGUUGGACGGUGCAGAUAAUUAGUGAAUAUUUUUUCUCACGUGUACAUUUUUUUAAUCGUCUACCAUGUACUUGGCAUGAUGGUACUUUGCUUUGUAGUUUGAUUUUUAUGUUAUUCUGCAUUGUAUUUAUUCAUUUGAUUUGCACAAGAUAAAUUGCAUAAAUACUUGUAAUUAGUAAAUUAUUUAUUAUUUAUAGACAGAUGUUAGUGUUAUAAUUU